AUGCGGUGUUUUGGUGCGGGGUACCUCAGAGGGGGAGGGAGCACAAGGGGGGCGGGGGUCAGCUCAGGGUGUACUGCUGGACUUUUGGACUCGGCUUUGUCUGAACUGAGGCUCCGGUCUGGAGCGGUUUUGGCGCAGUCCGGGCGUGCGCGUGCCUCUGAGUGUGAGCGGAGCCACGAGCGAACAGACAUGGGAGCAGCGGGCUUCAGCACCGCGGACAGCGCCCGGAUCCUGCUGCGCCUGCUCUUCGGUGUGCUGCCGCUGUCCGUGGUCCUGGCGCACGAGGGGGAGAACCUGUCCGGUCUGUCCAAUAACCCGGACAAAGCCAUCUUCGCCGUGCGCGAGAACAGCACCACGUGCCUCAUGGUGGAGUUCGCAGUCAAGUUUCUCGUGCCGUAUGACGUACUCGCGCUCAACGGGAUAGACCUCAUCACGGAGCAGACCUCCUUCAUGCUCCCGCGCAGCGCGGAGAUCGAGGGCAGAUGCGGCAGCGCGGACUCUGAGAUCCACAUCAGUUGGAAGAGCAAAGCCUACGUCCUGCGCAUCUAUUUCACCAAGGAGCUCCGCGACAAAGACCAGGAGAUCUGGAAGGUCAGCAAAGUGCAGUUCGUGUACGACACGUCCGAAACGUCGCACUUCAUCAACGCCUAUAACCCGGGGAAGCACACAGCCAGCAGUCACCGCCUCUCGGCUCUGGUGACUCCCGCUGGGAAGUCGUUCGUGUGUGCGGCGCAGCAGACACUCACCCUCAUCUCCAGCGACCAUCAGAAGGGCGUGACCGUGUCCAUGUACGACAUCCAGAUCCAGCCCUUCGACCUGAGCAGCGACUUUGUCUUCAGCGAACCGUACAAGUGCAUCACGGACCAGCGGGAGCGCCUGGAGGAAACCCUGCCUAUCGUUCUGGGGGUGAUCCUGGCCCUCAUCAUCGUCAUCACUCUGGUCAUUUAUCACUUCCACCUGAAGCUGAGCACCCCGCCGCCGCCACAGCUGCCCCGGGACCGCUCUCUCUACAAGAACAUGUGA